AUGAAUACAGAAAACAAUUAUUCUUCAUGGUAUCAGAGCCUCUUUCCUAAACCCUAAAAUUUUUCUCUCCUUCGUGCGCAGCUCUCCCGUCGCACCAAACCCUAGCGCCGCCUGCCUUCUCCAGCGCCGGCGUCUCUCUCGUCUCCCAGUUGUCUCCCAGCGGCGCCACCACCAGUCAUCUCUCCCGUCUCUACAGCGGCUGUCUUCUCCACAGCACCAGCCACCAUCAUGUCCGAGAAAGCAGCCACCCCCGACAAGCCCAUCUCCUCCGUUUCUACUCCUCACUUGGCAUUCACCACCAUCUCCAAUGUGAAGCUUCACGUUCCAAUUCUGUUGAGCUUUACGGAACCAAACUACAAAAAGUGGAGCAGUCUAUUUCUCCUACUGGUUCGUCGCUUCUCCUUUGGGGACUUCCUCACCGGGAAAUCAGUCCCGUCCAGUGCCGACGACAUCGAUUGGCAUCAACUUGAUGCACUUCUCCAAGGGUGGAUCCUUUCUACGAUCAACGACGAAGUCUCCGAUCUCGUGAUCUCCUCCACCAACUCGGCCGCGGAACUUUGGCGAUCCAUUCACUCUCUUUUCCAUGACAACAAACCCGCCCGAGCCAUGCAGUUGGAACAUCAAUUCCGGACGACGAGGAAAGGCUCUCUGUUCAUCUCGGUCUAUUGUCAAACCCUCAAGAAUAUCGCCGAUUGGUUGGACGACGUAGAUGCCCCCGUCUCAGAACAACAACUGGUGUUACAAGUCCUUCGGGGGCUGCCGGAUGACAUGCGGGGUCAGACGUCCUUCUUGCAGUUUCAAACACUGCCUCCGACGUUCCUUCAGACCCGAUCAGCCCUCCUCCUCUUGGAGCGUCAAAAAUCAGAAUUGGAGGACGACUCCUCCACUGGCACGGCUCUUCUCUCGUCCGGCAGCCCUGGCGCCCCCCAUCACAGCCUCGCUGGCGGAGGCCGCGGGCAUCACAGCAGCAGCAGCGGCCAGGGACAGCAGCACCAUAGCGGCGGCGGUGGCCGUGGCCGUGGCGGUCACCGCAACCGCGGUCGAGUUGGCGAGGAGAACGCGCCGGGCAGCGGCAACGACACGGGAGGUAUCGGCUCGACUCCGGACGGGGUCCAGGCGCUGUUCGGCUUGGGGGUGACCGCGGAGCAGCUCCAGGCAGCCGUUGCGGAACUUUCCGUAAUGGGUGGGAACGUGCCUGGCGCCGGAGUUGGCAAAGCUCCGCCCGGUCCCCAUACUGAACACGCUGCCACAAGGGGAAGAAGACCCGGAGGAGUAGAAGGAGGCCCGGCAAAGGCCCGGUGUUCGAGGAGGGCUCCAUACAGCCAGCCCAUCUUGCGGACGGUAACCCCGUUCACUCCGAGGGUCAUGUCGAUUCCACUACCGGCAAACUUUCAGCCGUGGCAGAUCAAGGCCUACAACGGAACGACGGACCCCCAAGAUCAUUUGUCCAAGUUCUACGCUUCCAUGGAAGCGGCGGCAGCCCCGGACGAGGUCAAGUGCCGAUGCUUUCUCACGACGCUAGAGGGCUCCCCGUGCGAUUGGUUCAACCGGCUCCCGAAGGGAACCAUUGACGAUUGGGAUACGCUAGCAGAGAAGUUCUUGAUGCAUUUUGCGGCCAACCGAAGGCAGAGGCUACCUUACUCCCACCUGCUCAACAUAUGCAUCCGCAAGGGAGAGAAGGUCCGCGACUUCAUAGUCCGAUGGGAGAAGGAGGCUAGAGACGUGCACGGGGCGGAUGACCAAGCUUUGGUGGCCAUGUUCCAAGCAGCCCUUCCCCGCGGAGAGGUAAGGAAGGAGCUCCGCAAGAAUCCUCCCCCCACGUACCAAGAAACCUUGGCGCGCGCUAAGUUCUUGGCCUCGGAGGAGUUCGAUGAUGCCCCCGACUCCGAGGCCGCGCCGGCCAAGCGAGCUCCCGUAGACUCAGGGGAGAUAGCGAAGAAGAGGAAGAAGAAGAAAGAUUACACCGUGGGCCCGAGGACGCCCUCGGCGGGAGUAUACUCCGUGGGCGCACCCGUGGGGACGGGUCGGGAGCUUACCCUCUCCCCGCUCCCUCGCGUAGAGGCCUACGCGAAGGAGAUGCAGCGACUCAUCGCCCGAGGGCCGGCUCCGCGAGACGAUGGAGCAGCUCCUUCCCGUGGUCCGCCGGAAGGAAGAACGUGGAGGAAGCCGACCGAGCUGGUCGCGGUGGCCACGCAUGCGAGGAACCCCGAGAAGAGGCACAUUGGGCAAGAGUGUGAUGGUCUAGACGAGGACGAAGCCCAAGGAUAUCCGGUGGGAUUCAUCCACGGAGGAAAUAUUGGCGGGGACUCCGCCGCUCAAAGGAAGAGGUGGAAGCACAUGGCCUUCGUCGCCAAGGUCCAACAGGCGCCGGCGCCCAAGCUCGGGAGACGAGAGCAAAUCCAAUUCACGAAGAAGAAUCUUCCAAACACGCCGAGCCCCCACCGGGAUGCCUUAGUCGUGAGGAUAGAGAUCAACAACGCCAUAGUGCACCGCACCUUGGUGGACACGGGAAGCUCGGUCAACAUAAUGUAUGAGAAGACCUUUCAAGACCUCGGCUUGGACCGCAUAGACUUAAGGCCCGUGCGCUCUCCUCUCUCUGGGUUCACGGGGGACUCCAUCGAGGCUGAAGGAGUCAUCACCGUGCCCGUGAUAGUAGGGGAUGGUGCGCACAAGGCCAAGUUGAAGAUGGAGUUCAUGGUUGUGAGCAUCAGCUGCGCGCACAACAUGAUCCUAGGACGGCCCGGCCUUGAGAACAUGAAAUGUGUGAUCUACCCAUACUACUUGUGCAUGAAGUUCCCCACUCCUUCGGGAAUCGGGGUGGCGAGGGGAGACCAAAAGUUAGCUCGAUCGUGCUAUGUCCGAAUCACAAAGAAGUUGCCAAGAGAUGAGAUGUUGGUCGUGCAUGCACAAGAGGAAAUGCGGAAGCUGGAGGCACGGCCGAAGGCCGAGCCCGCCGAGGAGGUCGAGGAGGUGCCGCUCGAUCCUCGGACACCCGAGCGGAAGGUGAAGGUCGGGGCGAGCCUAACCGGGAGCCAGCGGAAGCGCUUGGUGGACGUGCUCGCCGCCUACUACGUGAUCUUUGCGUGGGGACCCGGGGAAAUGCCGGGGGUGGACCCCACAGUCAUAUGUCACCGCUUGGCAAUCAACCCGGAGUCUAGGCAGGUGAAGCAGAAGAAGCGUUUCCUCUCAUCCGAGCGGAGGGAGUUUGUCUCUAAGGAGGUGGCCACCAUACAGAGCAUUGGGCAUAUUAGGGAGGCGAGGGUGGAGCUCAGCACUUAUACGGUGAAGACACUGAGGGGUGCCGAGCUCAGGUACUCAGUAGCCGAAAAGACGGUUCUGGCCGUGGUUUCAACCGUGCAACGGCUGACUCCCUACUUCCAAGCUCACCCGGUUCAAGUGCUCUUCCAACAGCCCAUAGGUGCGCUGCUCAGGAGCCCGAACGCGCCCUCCCGCAUGUCCAAGUGGGCGGUAUUCCUUGGAGCCUUCCAAAUCGAGUUCAAGCCAAGGCCAGCGAUCAAGGGCCAAGCGCUAGCUGACUUCGUGGUAGAGUGCACCGCUCGGGAGGAGCCGAGCCCGGAACUUGAAACCGAUGACUGGUGGAUAGUUUUUACGGACGGCUCCUCCGCCGCCAAAAACUCGGGGGGUGGAGUGGUAGUCAUCGCGCCCGAAGGCUUUAGAGCAUAUUACUCAAUUCGAUUCGGUUUCAAGGCAUCAAACAAUGAGGCGGAAUAUGAAGCGCUCCUAUGCGGACUACGCCUAGCAGCCGGGAUGAACGCGACAAAGCUAAGGGUAAAGUGUGACUUGAAGCUAGUGGUCGGCCACGUCUCGGGAGAGUUCGAGGCGAAGGAUGAAAGAAUGAAGAAAUACAGAGAUACCGCCCUAGAAUUACUUAAGAGCUUCACCGCAUAUAGUGUUGAGCAGAUCCCUCGGGCGGAGAAUGCCGAGGCGGAUAUCUUGUCGAAGGUGAGCUUAGACACGCCCGAGCAUAUCAGGCGAAUGGCGAACGUGGAAGAGAUGUCCGAGCCGAGCAUCCAUGCUUUCCCUGUGGCAGUGAUCUGUGCUCGGCCAAGAGAUUGGAUGGACGACAUAGUCGCCUUCCUGAAGGAUGGCGCCCUCCCGGACGAUGCAAUAAAGGCCAAGUUGGUCCGGAGUAGGGCACCUGGGUACACUUUGGAGGGCGAAAAGCUAUACAAGCGAGCGUACAACGGUACGCUGCUCAUGUGCCUCCGACCAGCUGAAGCGGAGCAAGUCAUGGAGGAGGUGCACGCAGGGAUCUGCUCCGCCCACCAAGGAGCCUACGCGGUGUCAAGGAAGAUAACCCUUCAAGGAUAUUUUUGGCCAACAAUUGUUAAGGAUUGCGCGGAGUUUGUGAGGAAGUGCAAGGUGUGCCAAGAUUUCCAGAAGGUACUGGGGAGGCCUUCAACAAACUAUACCCCCAUCAGCACGGCCAUCCCGCUCGCACGGUGGGGGGUGGACCUCGUGGGCGCGCUUCCUAGAGGUACCGGGAACGUAAGGUACGUCAUUGUAGCCAUUGACUACUUCACUAAGUGGGUGGAGGCGGCCCCAUUGGCAAGCAUCACCGGAGCUCAAUGCCGGAAGUUUCUCGCAAAGCAAGUCAUCUGCCGCUUCGGCGUUCCCGAACACAUAAUCACGGACAAUGGAACAGAAUUCGAGUCCAAGCCCUUCAACAACUUCCUUGAAAGUUGGGGGAUCAAGCACAGCUACGCGUCGGUUGGGUACCCACAGACGAAUGGGCAGGUCGAGAACGCCAACCGAACGAUAGUCGACGGGCUAAAGCAGAAGUUAGAAGCUUGCGGAGGGGAGUGGGCAGAAGAGUUACCCUACAUCCUAUGGACCUACCGGACCACGCCCCGAAGGGCAACCGGGGAAACUCCCUUCGCCUUAUGCUACGGAUUCGAGGCAAGGGCACCCGCAGAAAUCUCCAUCGUAACCCACCGGGAGGAGAUCUUUGACCCCGAGUGCAAUGAGGAAGCCCUGGCAUGAAAGGCGAGAAGCGGCCUUCAUACGGGCAGAGAAUUAUCGAAGGAAAGUGAAGAGCUACCAUGACGGUCGCGUGCGCGCACGUGGGUUCGUCGAAGGAGAUUGGGUGCUGCGCAAGAGAACGGUGAGCCGCCCCCUAGAAGGUGGAAAGUUUUCCAAAAAUUACGAAGGCCCGUACAUCAUCAAAGAAGUGGUGGGCCAUUCGACGUUCCGCCUGCAGACGCCGAGCGGGGGGAUGUGCCCAGGACCUGGAACGCCGAGAACUUAGUUAUGUUUUA